UUGUUUCUUUCUUUUUGCAUCUUGUAUGCUCACAUAAUAUUAUUGACAGGGUGCACAGACCCACUGUUGUCAAGCAAGACAUUGCGGCCGUAAACUAGCCACACCGCGCAAUGUUUUUACCUACCGAUCAACCCAUUCAGCCUCGACGCAAACUUACUCGUUCCGGCGAACAGCUUAAACGCAACGCUGCAUGUUUGCCAUGCCGUCGCCGUCGGAUCAAGUGCGAUGCCGGAAAGCCUCAUUGUUCAUCUUGCGAAAAGAGCUACAAUUUCCUGAGGAGGUCCCAGCCAGACGAUGAGAGGGAUGAUGGGGGGAUACGAUGCUGGUACAAUACAGAAGUGGAUGAGCAGCCAGUGAUUAGUGUAAAGAGAAAGAAAACAGAUGAUGGCAAUGAAGACAAUCCGAAAGAUGAGAUGAUUAAAAAGCUUGAGGCGAAAGUCGUUGAACUACAGAAAGCCUUGGCCGCGGCUCCGGCUCAAACUUUAGAGACACGGUGCAGUGGAACUUCUGAUAAUAGUAGCAUUGGGCAGUCUACCAAGGGCUCGCGUCCGGAAGUAUUAGCCAAUCCGACUGAAUCUUUGGAGUUUGACGGGAACAACCAUGUCCCUUCGUAUAACGCGUCAUCUCAGUGUGCAACUGUAUACAACAAACAUCUUUCCAAGGAUUUGUUUGAAACUCAGGCUGUCAACAGAAAAACAGCCUUGAAAAGCUCGGCUGAAAAGUACGCAGGUAGCGCUGAUAAGUCGCCGCCGAAGAAUGAUACAGUAGAUGGAGAAGCUGGAAGUAUUGGACAGCCAUUAUUAGAGCUUCUUUGGCCAGGGUGGCCCUCAACCCUUCCUAUGCCUUCUACCGUUGAACAUAUGGUUGACACGUUUUUCUCCUCUGUGUCAUCCAUUCCCCAAAUCCUCAACCGUACAGAAUUCCUCCGUCGUCUCGCACUCCUCCCCUCCCAUCCUGAGUUUCCUCACCGUGCAUUACUCCAUGCGAUCUGCGCCGCUUCCGCUCGCUUCUCGGCUGCGGUCACCACCCGAUCUAUCCCUGAUAUGAUCAUUAAAAUGGACAUUGACGCAAAGACAGCUAACGGCAAGGGCUGUUGGGAAGAUAUCAAGGACGAAACAUGCUUCGCAGAGAGAAAUGCUAGGUACGCAAUGAGGUUUCUGGAUUAUCACCAUGUUAGUGGCAGAGGAUUGCUAGACAUCUGUCAGGCCAUGCUCAUCAUUGGCCAUUGGUGCCAAAAUAACGCCCGCUGGAUGGACGCAUGGGUCCUUAUUGGUGACGCUAUACGACUCGCGAGCUGCCUUGGACUCACAUCCUUCGUCCCUCGCCCUUCGCAAUGUUCUCCACAAUUACGUCAGGUCAUCCUUGAUACUCCCAGGGACGACGCCGAACGGGAGGAGAGGGCGGCAACGGUAUGGAUGGCGUUAUGCUAUGAGAAUGCACUGAUGUGUUCGAGUGGAUGGUCAGGGUCGAUGAUAGUUGAUGAUUUGACAAUGCCUCUGCCCGCAUCUAGGAUUGAUCGAGAGAAAGGGGGGCCUAUACCUUUAAACCCACAAAAUUACCACUCUCCUGAUAUAUACACUCAUCAUCCAGUCGCAGAUGGCUUCGUAAUGCUCUGUAAAGCCAAGAUUCUUAUGGGGCGAGUUGCACGUUUCGUCAGACGAUGCCGCAGGAUGUCACUCGAUGAGAAGCAGACAGCCAAGAAUCUUCCAGAAUUUGAAGCUCUUGACCGCGAUUUAAAUCUUUUCCUAGCCAACUUUCCACCAUCGUUGAGAGACCCUGUGCAGUACAUGACAGGCCACUCAAAAGUACUCGAUGCAGAUCUAAUCAGCGCGCAUCUCGUCCCUCACAUUGCAGCCAUUCAUCUACACGAGCCAUUUGCAGAUAUCGCCGACCCGAAUUGCCCUUCGGCCCGCCGACUUUUGGAUGCUGCGCAAGCCUGCCUCAACGUCCUUUAUCAGAUGUCGAAUUUGAGUGCACCUAUAUUCUAUAGUUUGACAGCCAUUUCUUCUUGGUUCUUUUAUACUGGCGCAAAAACAUUGAUCCUAUUCUACCAACACGCCCUCGAGAAUAGCAAUUUCCAGGAUGCGCUUACGCAUCACCAAGCAAUCACUGCAUUCAGAAAUGUCCUCAUUGCUCUUGCUCCCGGCAACGCUCUGGCCUCUCGUUACGAUACGAUGCUUAAAAUGAUGAUGUCCUCCAUCGAAGAAGAGGUGCUUGGGCAAUCCAUCGUUCUGUAUCAUCAUCUCCCAAGCAACAAACACUCUACCCAGACUUCUAAUUCCUCCUCUGAUUCCUCGCCUUUAUCAAGCACUUCAUCUAACCCUUCUUUUGGACCCCUCACACCGGCAGAGCCUCCCGAAGACACCUACUUGCCCGCUUUAGUAUCGUGUUUGCAUCCCGAAGCCAUGUUCUACUUGGAACAUAUUCAGAAGAAGUUCUUGGAGCGGUGCAAAAACCCUUCGGAAUAUGAACGGCGCACGGCUUUUCCGGCUAACGACAUAGGUAGGAGCAAGUCUAUGGGCAGAAGCAAGGAAGGAGCUAGAAAAGGAGAGGGAGUGAGAAGUUUCCAUGAGAUUUUGGAUAUAAAGAGAGGCUGGGUUGGCGGGCGUAAGAAAGCUAGGAUUUUCGAGCCUGGGGUCGGCGCCAAAGCUGAUGAUAGUGGAGGCCUAAUGGACUUGGGAAAUAUAUCCAGUCCGAGCCAAUGGCUUAACAGAGAUCAACCAGCCAUGGGACUACGAGCGAAUGAUAGGAGCGGGAGUCUCUUUUAUGAUUUUUCAUUUUCACCAUUCAACACAUCCUUUCCCAACGACGAUACUUUCGCUCUUGAUCCCUUAUCUUCCACAUCCAAUUUCUCUCUGCAAAACGAUAUGGCACUAACCUUGCCCAAUCUUCAGUGUACCCAGGCGACUUUACAGAACUGGUUAGAAGUGAUGCCGUCAAUGAUGUCUACUGUUGCUUUUAAUUCCAGCUCCGGAUUUGGUCCUCGUCACUCUGGCACGCAUUGCGGUUCUGGCUAUAUAAGUGAAGAAACAGACGACAAGACUGGGUCCACGACAUGAGGCUUUGAUCAUGACCAUAUACCCCGGCCCUUUUAGGGAAAUGGUUUUGUGAGCUCUGGAAUGUCAACCGUGGAAGGGAAUUUACUUUGUUUGGGUUGUGACGUCUUUGGAAUAAAAAUUUUGUAUCAUGUGGAUACACACAUUCAUUUAUUGUAUAUUUAUGAUUCUUAUAUCGGGAAAAGAACAGACUGAUAAUAUCUCUUUCUGGAUCAAAGGCUGUAUUCAUCUUGCGCGCGAUG